AUUGACAGAGCUCUUUUGCAUCGAAACUCUGUCAAGAACAAUAAAGGUUCCGUUGCUGGACAGAAAUUCACAUUACCACAUCCAAAUAUCAAAUGUUAUCAGUAUUAAACACAUCAUGGCUUCAAUCCCGUCAGUGAGUGAAACUCCGUCACAAGACAAAGCAUUAAACACUGUAGGACGAAGCAGAGAAGAAAAGCUUUUAAAAACAAACGAAACUGUAGAAGAUGGAAAAGCACUUCGUAAAAAAAUCCGUCAUCUUCGUCGAGAGCACGAAAAACAAGCGAAGAGUUUAACCCAGGAUUUGAAAGACAUUCGCGAGACACUCUCUGACGUGAAUAGUUUGAACAAACUGGAGAUGUCUGGUGGAAAUUAUGGGGCAAGGAGAAGCAAUAGAAAUGAUCGGAAAGGUGAUGAUUGUUACGACAGGAACUCGACGAAAACCGAAAGAAGACGAGAGAAGUCGAAGGGAAAAGAAAUGGAGAAACCCGAAAACAUACCCUCCUCUUCUCAACGGCAAAAGAUCGUGACAUUGGAAGAUGGAAACAGCUGUGCUGGUUUGGAAAAGAAGUCUGAUGUGAAGCAGAGUCCGAGUGAUGUUAUACUAUCUCUCUCCAGUAUUGAUCUGCAAUGAAUAGCACCUAGAACCAGCUUGAUUGUCCGUAAUCAUAGACUAAGCUAUGCGCUGUAAACAGACUUUUCCUCUAGGUUUUCUCCUGUAGAAACACACCGUGGUUGAUCAUUACUGGACUUUUAGGAAAAACAGAUCAGCAUAUAACAAUAAUUUGUAAGGUAAUUUUGCAUAAGAACGUUGCAACCAUAUUUUCAAUCAUUUCAUAAGCAAGUCUAUAUCUGUUCAAAUUACUGAACAUCGAAGAGAAACAGUUUGCAUAUACAUGCAGAUUAGAUACGUGCGUUAUUCAUAUUUUUAUCAGUGUAGAGUAAUGAGUGUGCUAAUGAGCGCCUAUAAGACUAUAGUGUUGGACGUUAAUUGUGUUGUAUUACUGCUUAGUGACUUUCCAUGACAAUAGAAGCUUUAAUCGUUACCAAUAAUAAAUAUCAGAUCGACGAGCUUCGAGCAGCGAUACAGCUGAGUUUCUCUCAAAUUUAUAAACGAAAUAUCUGUAGUUUAUCAACACACGUCAAGUGGUCAAUUUGUACCAAAUAAUUGUGUGUGAAUCCUCCGAGAAGUACAGCAAAACAUACAAGAUUGACUUCA